CUAGCGGUGUAAACUUUUCGGUUAGCGAUAAGCAGAGUUAUAUCAUAGGACAGAUAUAUAAUAAUUGUUUUAUUAUAUAUCUGUGCGUGAUAUUGUAAUGCAUUCACAUUAAUAUAAAAGUAAUAAUAUAAAUCAAAACACUUUUUAAAAUGUAAUAUUACAUUUUAAUGAAAUAUUUUAUGACUACAAUACAUUCAUGCCGUGAAAUAUUUUCAUGAAGAAAAGAGUUGUUAUUACGGGUUUGGGUGCUAUUUGCCCAGCCGGUGCUAGUAAAAGUUCUUCUUGGAAAAACGUUUUAUUAGGGAAAUCGUUUGUACAAAAAUUAGAUAGUAGUCUUUAUAAAAAUAUUCCAACGAAAAUAGCAGCAACACUAGAUGGUAUCAGUGUACCAGAGUUAAUACCUAAACAUAAAGUUCGUUCAAUGGCACCAUCAACCCGUCUUGCUUUAUUGGCUACUCAUGAAGCUGUCAAUGACUCUAAAUUAUUUGAAAAAAAUGUUGAUAAAGAAAACAUUGGUGUUAGUGUAGGAGUAGGCAUGGUAGAUUUAAAAGAUGUUUGUCAAAUGGCAGAAACCCUACAGUCCAGUUACAGUCGAGUAAGCCCUUAUUUUGUACCACGCAUACUGCUUAAUAUGGCAGCAGGGCAAAUAAGUAUGGAAUAUGGUAUUCAGGGACCUAAUCAUGCGGUAUCAACAGCCUGUGCAACAGGUGCUCAUGCCAUUGGUGAUGGCUUCCGAUUAAUUCAACAUGGUGAAGCUAUAGCUAUGAUUUGUGGAGCUGCAGAAUCAUGUAUAAGUCCUUUAUCUAUAGCCUCUUUUUGUAGAUUACGAGCAUUGUCUACUCAAAAUCACACACCAGAAUUAGCAUCGAGACCUUUUGAUAAUAAAAGAGAUGGUUUUGUAAUUGGUGAAGGUUCUGCCAUAUUAAUAUUAGAAGAAUUAGAACAUGCCCUUAAAAGAAAUGCUAAAAUUUAUGGAGAAAUUAUUGGUUAUGGUAUGUCUGGAGAUGCAGCACACUUAACAGCACCAUCUGAAAAUGGUCAGGGUGCCUAUUUAGCUAUGAAAAGAUCACUUAAUGAUGCAAAAAUUGAUGUAUCUCAAGUCACAUAUAUUAAUGCCCAUGCUACAUCAACUCCAGUUGGUGAUUCUAUAGAAUUAACAUCAAUAAACAGGCUAUUUGGUGAACAUAGUAAAAAUGUAUAUGUAUCUUCUACAAAAGGAACCCAUGGUCAUUUAUUAGGAUCUGCUGGAAAUUUGGAAAGUGUUUUUACAAUCCUGGCUUGUCAUGAAGGUAUUAUACCACCAACAGCUAAUUUAACAGAUAUUUGUGUAGAAGCUAAAGAUUUAAUUUGUAUAACUCAAAAUUCAGUUAAAUGGAGAGAAACAAAAAGAUAUGCUUUAAAAAAUGCAUUUGGUUUUGGAGGCACUAAUGCAAGUCUUUGUUUUACCAAUUAUGUAGCAUAAUGUUAUUUAAAAAAGUUUAAAUUUAUUUUUCAUUAUAUCAACUGUAGGGAUCACAGAA